UGGUAUCCAGGACUUUGGAUACAUUUGGAGUACCAUGGCGAAACAUAGUCACAUAAACGGUGCUAUUGGCAUGAUUGGGUACAUGCCACGUACAAGGCAAUGUAUAUUUAGGAUUCCUAGGGUUAACAUCGCAUCUUAUAUCGUGGAUGGAGUUACUAUUAAAGGUAACCACCAGAACUCACAAAUGCAUAUUUCCCGGAGGUUUUCACACCAUUCCGCACAAAAGGGGAAGUAUUACACCAAUAGAUUCUACAUGAAAAAAUGUAGCUCAUGCUCAUCGUGGAAUAACCUGGUGGUAACACAAUGCGUACACUGCCUAACACCACUGGGAGAUAGUGAUAUUAGAUUAAGGACCAUAGACCCAUUGUGUCGAACUGCAAAUGCCAGGAAAGGCGAAGCAUUUAUUGAACAUGAGAAUUACGUCAUACUCGAAAGAUGCUUCGAUUUCACUAUUAUGCUAUAUCCACAACCCUCAGCUGCAAUACAUAUAUCAGCAGUGCCAAACGGUACUUUCUAUGAUAUAAAAAACUUUAGGAAAACGCAUUUAACAAUGAUCAAGAAGAUGAAAGAACGUUGUGAUAUGUUAAUGAAGCAUAUAAUAGCUGGGCGCGCUGGACCUGAAUAUUUACAAAAUGAUGACUUAGUCAAGCACCUAAGGGAGUUAACAAAGGAGGCACGUGUCAACCAACAAAAGAUUACAACCAGCGAUAUUGUACAGCAUGCAGUCUAUGGCUUUAACUACCCAAAUAGAUACUCACAUGUAGGAAUGCACGGCAUGCUGCCGCCAUUCAAGUCAUACAGUGUCUUCCAAAGCCCGUUCUUCUACCCACUGUCCAAGGUCAUAUCGGAUUUACACAACCUAUCACAGGUGAAACCCUAUACACCAGAGGAAGCCAAGGAGCUGUACAACCACGAUAUCAUCAUGGAGGACAUAGUCGAUCUAGAUAAAACAUUCAGGGCACAAUAUGGCCUUGAGUGAUUGGUUACACCAAACAUGCUUAGU